AUGGCUGAUCGGAAUAGGAAAUGGAUGACUGAGGAGGUGAUAACCUACGCUUAUAUUCUCCUUUAUAUCGCUCUUUCCAGCGGCCAGAUCUUCUUCAACAAGUGGGUUUUGUCCUCGAAGGAAAUAAACUUCCCAUAUCCACUUGGAUUGACGCUACUUCACAUGGUCUUCUCCUCUGUAUUAUGUUUCAUGCUUACCAAAGUUUUGAAGAUUAUGAAUGUUGAGGAAGGAAUGACUCUGGACAUAUAUAUAUAUUCAGUUAUCCCAAUUGGUGCAACGUUUGCAAUGACUCUUUGGCUUGGAAACACUGCUUACCUCUAUAUAUCUGUUGCAUUUGCUCAAAUGUUGAAAGCAAUCAUGCCAGUUGCUGUUUUCAUUCUAGGUGUGGCAGCCGGACUUGAAAUGAUGAGCUGCAGGAUGCUUCUUAUUAUGUCAGUGAUCAGUUUCGGUGUACUCAUAGCUUCUUAUGGGGAAAUAAAUAUAAACUGGAUUGGUGUUGUUUACCAAAUGGGAGGUGUAGUUGGAGAAGCUUUGAGGCUUAUAUUUAUGGAGAUUCUAGUAAAACGGAAGGGAAUCAAAUUAAACCCCAUUUCGGUGAUGUACUAUGUUAGCCCCUGCAGUGCUCUCUGCCUGUUAAUUCCAUGGAUCUUUUUGGAGAAGCCAAAGAUGGAUGAACAGGGGACUUGGAGCUUCAAACCUCUUGUUCUGACACUUAAUUCUCUUUGUACCUUUGCCCUCAAUCUCUCGGUUUUCCUUGUGAUCUCACAUACAAGUGCUCUGACCAUUCGUGUGGCUGGGGUAGUCAAGGAUUGGGUGGUUGUCCUACUAUCAGCCCUUCUUUUCGCUGAUACAAAGUUGACGCUUAUCAAUAUAUUUGGUUAUGCCAUUGCUAUUGCAGGAGUAGCAGCAUACAAUAACACCAAGCUGAAAAAGGAAACCUCACGAGCCAGCCCGAAUGAGGCUAUGCAAUCUGUACCUUCAGUUUCAUCUUCAACGUCAAAUGAUUAA